AUGAAGAAAAAAGGUACAGAUCUCUAUGGAGGAGUGACAAUGGCUACUUGUGGUGUAAGUCCUCAGUUUGCAAGUCAGUUCAUCUCCGAGUUCAGAAUUGUGCUGCUUGGGAACAGAGGAUCUGGAAAAACCUCUCUAGCUAACACCAUUCUAUGCAGACCGAUUCCAUCCCCAAAGAGUACUGCUAAGUGCAUGAAGGUCCGUGGAGUGGCAGGCGGAAGACUUGUCACUAUAAUUGACACACCAGGAUGGUGGAAAAACUUUCUCGUUAGUGAGAGUGCUGCAUUUCUGAAACAGGAGCUGGUGCUUAGUAUGGCUCAUUGUGCACCAGGACCUCAUGCUGUUCUUCUAGUCAUACGUGUAGAUACAGCGUACAAAGAGAGGCACAGAAGAUCAGCGGUGGAGCACCUGGAGCUUCUCGGAAAGGACAUCUGGAACCACAUGAUGGUUGUGUUCACCUAUGGAGAUCAUUUCAAGGAUCAGACUGUCGGGGAGCGUAUCAGAAGUGAGGGAGAGAGCUUUCUACAGUGGCUCGUGAAUAAAUGUGGAAACCGGUAUCACGUUCUGAAUAUUGACAGAUGCAGUGGUAGUCAGGUCAAGGAGCUGCUGGAAAUGAUCGAGGAUAUGGUGACAGAAAACGGCGGCUGUUAUUAUGAAGUGAACAGAAAGUGUCUGACUGAAGUAAAAGAGAUGAGGAGGGUAAUGGAGGAGGAAGCCGAUAAGAAGAGGAUGAUGAUGCAGAAACAAAAAGAAAUAUGUGAAGGUCACUCCUCCCUAUCUACCCUAAGAAUGGUACUCUUGGGUUACAGAAGGUCCGGAAAGACUUCAGUCAGGAACAACAUCUUUGGAAAUGAGAACUCUGACUGUAAAAGAACAACACAAUGUGGGAAGACUCAGAGUGAGGUGGCAGGAAAACUGAUUACUGUGCUGGACACACCCGGCUGGUGGAAGACCCUCUCGACAAGAGACACCCCAGACCUGGAUAAGCUAGAAAUCCUGCGCAGUGCAUCUUUGUGUCCACCAGGACCUCAUGCUUUCCUCCUGACAUUACGCUUAGAUAUGCCAUUUACCGAGGUGGAAAGGAAAUCAACUGAGGAACAUAUGGAUCUUCUGGGUGAGCGAGUCUGGAACCAUACCAUUUUUCUGUUCACUCAUGCGGAUCUGCUGGGGGAUGUAACAGUUGAGCAGUAUAUUGAAAGUGAAGGGAAGGACUUAAGGCUCCUUGUUGCAAAGUGUAGAAACAGGUAUUACAUCCUCAACAACAAGAAUCUGGUUGACGGGAGUCAGGUUACAGGGCUUUUUGAGAAGGUCGAGGAGAUGGUGGCGGAAAAUGAGGGCCUUCAUUAUGAAAUGGACCAAAGGACAAACAAAGAAGUGACACGGAGAUGGAGAUUAGUGGAGAAGAGGUCUAAAAUGAAGUUGAAGGUAAAGAAACGUGGAGAAAUGGCAGGAUCAACAAAAGGUGCUGGACAUCAUCUGUCUGAGCUCAGUAUUAUUCUGCUCGGCUAUGGUGAAGCUGGAAAAACCUCAACGAGCAACACCAUUCUCGACUCAGAGGAGUCUGGAUCAGGAAGAACCACUCAGUGUGUAAAAAGAUACAGAGAAGUAGCGGGAAGGCUGCUCACUGUAGUGGACACACCAGGAUGGUGGAAGCAUCUUACAAUGGAACACACCCCACAACUGAACAAACAGGAAAUCGCUAAGAGUAUUUUUAUGACCUCUGGACCAGUUAUGUUCCUACUGGUUCUUCGUUUAGACAGUUCUUUUAAAGAAGAAGAGAAAAGAGCUGUGGAGGAUCACAUGAAGCUGUUUGGAUGCUCAGUCUGGGAUCAGACCCUGGUACUGUUCACUUGUGGAGACUGGUUGGGAGACAGAAGAAUUGAGCUGUACAUUGAGAGUGAAGGUGAAGCCCUGAAAUGGCUUCUGGAGAAAUGUGGAAAUAGAUAUCAUGUUCUCAACAACAAGAAGCAUCACAGUAACACUCAGGUCUGUGACCUCCUGGAGAAGAUCCAACAGCUAGUGGUGGAAAAUGGAGCCUCUGGUUCAGGGGGCAGGUGGAGUCUGAAAAAGACUAAGAAGAAGCUGGAGAAAGGUCAAGCCAAAAAAGGAGGGAUGCAAAACCAAAAUGAUUUUGACUCGGAUGAUGAUGAUGUGUUCAUUAUUGACAUGGAAGCCAAUACUUGA